GGAGAAUCGACACUUUGAGAUGGUGCCUGACCGGCUGUGCUUUUCCAGCCUCACUCUCUCGAUUCACUACGAUGACAGAAAAUCGCCAAAGAGACUGCAUGAGAGAGAGAGUUACCACUAAGGUUUGAGAGGGAAUGGAGAGAAUGUACAAGCGAGAAAAUCGCCAAUGAGAGAUAAAGAGAAAUCUCCGGGGAGAAAAUUACCGGGAAGAAGGCGUGGGAGAGAAAACAAUCACCGGGAGAGAAUUUAUGAGAAAAAAAUGAUCUCUAAGAGUGAGAGAGGAAAUCACCGGGCAGAGAGUUUGUGAGGAAAUAAAAAUCACCAGGAAGAGUAUGAGGAAACAAAAAAAAUCACUUGGUAGAAAUCGAGAAAAGAAGAAUCGUAGGCGAGAGAGUGAGAGAACCAGGAAGCAAGGAAGUGUGUGAAAAAGAAAAUUAUCACGAGGAGAGAGACCAAAUCGUUGACAGAGAGACCAAAUCACUGAGAAGACUGCAAAAAUUUCUUAGAUGAGAGCGAAUCACCGCAAGGAGCCGGGGGGAGGGGAACAGAAAAUUGCUCAGGAGAGAGAGAAAGCAAAUCUAAAGGAGAUCUAUAAAGCGACCAAAGAGUAAGAGAAAAUCAAUGAUAGGUAUGCGAGCGAGGGAUAAGGUUACCGGAUGGUGAAUAGGAAGCGAUUCACUGAUCAGACCAGGUGUAAAACAGAAUUUAAGAACAGAAUAAUUUGCUUUAUAUUAAUGGAUAUCUUCCAAGAAGAUGCACAAUGUCAGCUAAAUGAAAAGCUAAAUGAAACCAGGAUCAAAUUUUUGAGUUUAUGGGAAAACUAUAAUCCAGCAGGAUUUAAACAGAAGUACAGAGAAUCUUUAAAAAUCACCGAAGACAGAUGCUUAGAAAUAUAUGAAGAGGAGAAACAGAUGUGUGAAAAGAUCCAGUUAACUAAAAAGGUUAUUGCUGAGCAGAAUGCAUUCCUGGAAAAAACAGAGAUAGAACUGCAGAGCAUCAGCCAACAUUGUGAAAAUAUUGAAAGGCAAAAGCAGGAUGUAUUAGAAAAAAUCAAGAAGCUGAAAGAAGGACUUUGCAAAAAGCAGGAAUUAAUUUCUACACAAAAGGAUCAAAAUAAAGCAAAGCUGAAGGAAUUAAAUUUGUCUGCAGAAAUGUUCAAGAAGCGAAUGGGUCUGGAAAUUCGGAAGGUGCAGGGGGAACAACUCCAGUUUAUCUUCAGAUGCAUCAGCCAUAAAAGUCCUGAGCAGCCAUUUACAUUUCUGCUGAAAUUCAGCGAAGAAGGAAAUUAUGAAGUUACCUCAUGUGAGCCACCACUGGAAUGUAUGUCUUCAUUGCAGGAAAAACUCAAAGAAACCAACAAUUUCUCUGCAUUUCUUGCCAAUGUUCGGAAAGCUUUUACAACAUUAGUAUAG